UCCAUUUUUCAGCUUGUCUUCAGCUGGUUCACACAUCCAUCCCUACACUGGCAUUGGAGUCCAAUGUUUCCAGCUUCUAGCUUAUAGAGAAGACCAGCUACGACGACCUGUCUCGGGACUGCAAAACUACAAGACUACUGAACUUUUCAUCUUCAGUUGAGGAACUUGAAGAGUUCCCAGGCCUUCUGUGAAGUCUAUAUGGAGAUGGCAGAAAACACAGGUGCUUCCCAGCCAGGACCCUGCAAUACACAGCCUUCCCCUGUGGAGUCCAGCCAGCUUUUCUCAGGUCAGAGCUCAGAGAUGCUUACCUGGAAACAAACAGUGAUGGAAUCUGCAUCCUGUAGCACACAGGAGACAACCUGUACUCAGAACUCAACAGCAUACCCAGGAAAAGCCAUUGGUUUCCAUUUUGGACAGCCAUUUGAGAACACUUCUUGGAACCAGCAAGUUGUGUCUGCUGAGCAGAAAAUAUCUCCUGCAGGUCUUUACCAUACACAGCUCAACAGCGCCCCUCAGAUAUGCCUUCCUCCCCAGAAGACAACAAGAGUUGACACCAGGGAGACUUUCUACAAUGAAGACUACUGGAUGAGGACACUGAACUCUGACAAGACUCUCUUGACCCAAAAUACAGCCAUGUGUGAGAAUCAGAGGGUUACCUUUGAUAAUCAUCAAAUUGCUCUCUAUGGAAGCCAUGCUGGCCAGGACCCAAAUGUGGGUCACGCCUUUGCUUCUGAACAUGACUGGACCUCCUACAACAGUCAUAUGACAACCAGGAAUGGAGGGCAUCUGACUCUCUAUGAGAGUCAGAUGACAGCACCCAGUUGUAGCCAGACCCUUCAUCCCAAUCAAAUCAUAACAUCCUUUUCUGAACAGAAUUAUUUUGAGGAUCAGCAGAGUAACCUAGCAGUUAAUAAUGGAUUCUAUGGAAAUCAGGUGAUAUUGCCAAAUGGAUACCAGGCUUUCUAUGAGCCUCAGAUGAGAGCUAACUUUGACCAAACAAAUGACCAAAUGAAAUCCUUCAGUGGUCAGAAUGUCUGCAAAGGUCAGGAGAAUCUCCUCAGUGGUGAGUGCUCCCUCUCUGGUUAUCAGACAUCAGGCUACAGAUGUGACCAGGAUUUGAUUGUGAAUCCUCAGGUGACAAGUCCAAUUGGUGGCCAGCCUCUCUCUGACUUUCAGACACAAACCUCAAGUUUUGAUACAGCUCUUCCUGGGUCUAAGAGGACAAGACCCAGUGCAGAAGACAACCUGGCUUGCCCUUUGGAGACAAGUCCCACAUCUGAAGAAACACUCUACUUGGGUCAGAUGAGGACCUCUGUUGAUCAAAAUUUCUACUCAAGUCAGAAUGGAACACCUAAUAUUAAAGAAAGCCUUGAUCCUCAGGUGACUUCAUUUAGUUUGCAAGCUCCAUAUGUGGGUGAAUCCUCAUACCCUUCAUGUUCCCCUUUGAUUCAAAAACAACCUCAGAAAAACUCUUCGGCUUCCAGUUUAGUCCAGAGACAGCAUCCAGAGAUGAAGUUAGACUUCAAGACCCAGAGCCCUGUGUCACAGAAGGACCCUAGUCCUUUGAAGCUCUACUUUUGUACUUAUAAGGGUUGUACGAAAUUUUACAAAAGAGCUUACCACCUCAAAGAACACCAGAAGAAACACACUGAUAAGAGGAAAUACGGGUGUGAUGAGCCUGGGUGCACAUGGUCGUUUUUCCGCCUAUGUGAUCUCAACAGACACAAAGAAAAGCACAAUGGUGAGAGGUUCUACGCUUGUCCCUUGUGCUCUACAAACUAUUCCAGACUGCUUUAUCUCAAAAAGCAUCUGGAGAAGAAACAUGCUCAAGCACAACCCACCACUGCAACCUGACUGUCCACAAACAAUAUCUUCCCUGAAAAAGCUUUAUUGUUUCCUACCUACAAUUCUGUGAACAACAAAUAGCUUUUAAUGCUGUUUAUAGAUGAUAAAACAAAAAAAACCCAAAUAUUUAGAAUAAGAAACUGUGUAACAUGUAUGUGCCUGAUCUGUCCAGAAUGUGCAGAGCUAGGAUUCAACAGAAAGGGCUGCGCCCUGCUGCUGCUGGGUCAGCAGGCUGCUGGGGUCAGACUUGUGACUUAGGCUUGCAGCCUUGGAUCCUGGGGUUUGCACUGAAAUGGUUCUGUCAUCCAAUCAGAUCUGUCUCCCUUUUAGCUCCUUUCCUACUUUGCAGCUGAUUUUAACUGCUUCAUUCUUCUGAUUCUUGGUAUCUUUCUUUUGAAAUAAAAAGACACAAUACC